AUGACGAGCAACACCAGGUACAAGAGCCGAGCACUCAGAUCAGAGGAUGGAAGAGAGAAGGAGUAUGUGGGGUUUGCCACCCUCCCCAACCAGGUCCACAGGAAGUCAGUCAAGAAGGGGUUUGACUUCACCCUCAUGGUGGCAGGAGAGUCUGGUCUGGGUAAAUCUACUCUGGUCAACAGCCUUUUCCUCACAGACCUGCACAAGGACAGGAAACUACUCAAUGCUGAGGAGCGUAUCAGUCAGACAGUGGAGAUCACUAAGCACACGGUGGACAUAGAGGAAAAAGGAGUUAAACUGAAACUGACCAUCGUAGACACACCAGGGUUUGGAGACGCAGUCAACAACACUGAGUGUUGGAGGCCAAUCACAGAUUACAUUGACCAGCAGUUUGAGCAGUACUUCAGAGAUGAGAGUGGACUGAACAGGAAGAAUAUCCAGGACAACAGAGUCCACUGCUGCCUCUACUUCAUACCACCCUUUGGACACGGGCUUCGUCCAGUCGAUAUAGAGUUUAUGAAGGCCCUGCAGGACAAGGUCAACGUGGUUCCUCUCAUCUCUAAAUCUGACUGCCUUACUCCCAACGAGAUCAGGAAACUUAAAGACCGGGUCCGUGAGGAGAUAGAUAAGUUUGGGAUAAAGGUGUACCAGUUCCCAGACUGCGACUCUGAUGAGGAUGAGGAGGCCAAACAGAAGGACAGAGAACUCAAGGAGAGCACUCCGUUUGCUGUGAUUGGCAGUAACAUGGUGGUGGAGACCAGAGGUCAGAAAGUCAGAGGGAGACUCUACCCCUGGGGCAUCGUGGAGGUGGAGAAUCAGUCUCACUGUGACUUUGUGAAGCUGAGGACCAUGCUGAUCAGGACCCACAUGCAUGACCUGAAGGACAUCACCUGUGACUGUCACUAUGAGAACUACAGGGCUCAUUGUAUACACACCAUGACCAGUAAAAUGAAUACAGAUAACCGUGUGGAGAGCCCAAUCCCCAUCCUACCCUUGUCCACCCCAGACGUGGAGACAGAGAAACUCAUCAAGAUGAAGGACGAAGAGUUGAGGAGGAUGCAGGAGAUGCUUCAGAAGAUGCAGCAGCAGAUGCAGCAUGAGCAGGACCUGUGA